AUGUUCCAAGACACAAAUACAAGUGUGAACGGUUUUUCUGGAUUUGGGAAAGCCGCGAAUGAGCGAGGUAUUGGAAAUUUUGCGAGUCCUCGUCAAGCCCAAAUGAAAAGUCCAAAAGACCUUCCCUCGAGCGCUUUUAAAGUUUAUGAUAGGGUUUUGGAAAAGCAUCGCUACGUUCCUCGCCAAUGGACACAAGAGGAGUUCGAAUCUGCUUUGCCUGAGCGAUUUAAAUGGAAAACAACCAUCUCAGUUCAUAAUUCUGAAGCUGUCUUUCAAAAAGAAAUAAACGUUGAUGAAUUCGACUCUCGCAAUGACAACAAAGCAUUUACGCCAAGUGAAAAUACAUACCAAUCUUCACUGAGUUGCUCAAAUCCUCAAAAGAAAACAGAAGUCAAGGAAAAGAUUAAAAGUCUCAAGGCAAUUUUUGAGAAAGCUGGCAAUUCAAAUGCCGAUUGUAAAACGAGUAGAGCUAUGGAUGAAUUGGACAGUUUUGGAAAAGGUGAAACGGAUGUGGCGGAAACAGAAGAGCUAGAAAGAUGCAAAGAUAGCGAAGCGAAGGUGAAAUUAAUCGAAGAAGGAGAUUCGAUCGAAAACUAUAACGAAAAUGCAGAAAUGGUAAACGAAUUUGAAGAAAAUGAAGAAAUAUUAAACAAUAUUUUAGAAACAACCGAAAGUUCUCACAAUAAAUUUGCCUCUUUCCUGGAUUCUGUCCUGCGGUGCCUUUUGGACAUGGAACCGUUUGUCGAACUAUUAUCAAACGUGUCUGAAAAUAACCCCAUCAUAGGCAAGCUUAAGCAUCUAAUGGCAUCGAUUGAAAAUCCAGGGCAAUUGGUCUCUGAGGAUUUAUUCUUAGAAUUUUGGGAGAAAUUCUCGGAUUUUCAGAACUGUGAUGACGUGCUGGUGAGAUUUCUGGAAACACUUAUUGAAGAAAUAGGACAAGCCAUUGGGGGAAAUGCAGGCAACCUUCGUUCCUUGAUCCAGGGAAAGUUUAGCCAUAUUAAAACGUGCGAUCGUUGUGCAUCAGUUACAAAGGAUUCCGAACCAUUCUUGUUUCUUAACCCAACAACGCCGCCAGUACAUUCAUCAAAUAACAGCGUAUUGGACAUAAAUUUCGUAUCAUGUAGUUCGGAAGGUGUUUGGUAUAUCACAACCCGGCAAUUUGUUAUCAAGAGUGGAAUGACGGUAGCUCAUCUUGUUGAAGAAUUGCUUAGCUGUCCUGAGUUCAAUACUUGUGAUCCUAGGUCCAUACGCUUAGGAAAAGUGAUUGGAAGUCGACUUGUCAAGACGUUCGAUAAUGGUGUUGAGCUAUCCACGACUGGAUCCGACUCAGAUAUAUUCGCGUUUAAUGUCUUAAGUUUCAGCAGCGAGUUCUCAGAAGGCAGCAAUGCAUUGAGUAGUACAGCUACUAUGUCCUAUCAUCUGCUCUUCAACUGUGGGCUAUGUCUUAGUGAUGGCAAGGAAAUCGGCUUGUUCAUUCACAAGAAUUGUGGCGGAAUGAUUUGCCGCGAUUGUUUAGAUGUAAUCACACAAUCCUAUCAAGAUUGGGAGCUGUGCCCGUGUCCAAUUUGUGAACAGCCAAUCGACCUGGACAAGGAGCUGUGUAGAGCUCGGAUGAGGAGCGGAAUGCCAAAAGAAUUGAAUCAUACAUCUAUAGUGUCCAAUGUUUUGUGUGAGGUUAUGUUCCGAGCUGAUAAACACAUCGAUGGAGGUAUCAUUAAUUAGAGAGGUUCAAAUUUUGACUUCUACAACCGCUAUCUUUAACCAAUCAGAUGCGUUUAAUCUACACGAUUAACCAGUAAUGGUAGUGGGAGUCAAAAUCUGAACUUUUCUACUAUUGGAUAUAGAUCGAUAACUUUAAUUUAUUGAAAUAGGGUAAAGCCCUUUUUUCCCCACAAAAUGUCCUGUUUUGCUCAUAUUUUUUCCGCUGAUAAGCCCUUCUUCUUCCCUCUCAAUAGCUACUUUUAUUCAUUUAGGUACCGAGAUAUUCGGUUGCCCCUUGAUGGUAUCCCUUUCACAACAAGUAACAGGGUACCAUCUAUAUCGCUGUAUUGGUUAUCUACUUCCAAACGCAUUGCCAAUGAAAGAUCGAACCUCGUUCACUUUACACACUGUGGACAAGUGUGGUCAUGGCUGUUCCACGUGUUCUCUGGAUUCGUGUAGUGGUUGUCUUAUCCGUAUUGAUGACAACGUCAGAAUUACACGCGACACAAACCUGGUUGUACAUUUUAAUGAUCUGGCUGAGGAAUCAAAGAAAAACUUUGGAAUACUAAAUCCUUGCGGAACUCCAGCUUCGAAUUCGCAAGGUGGGUUUGGUGGCCUUUGGUUUCGGAAUAUAACAAUUUUGACUUCAGAAAGAGAGCUGAAAGUAUAGUUAUACUUGAUAUAUGAUAGACUAGACUGUUUAUUGCAUUUUUGUCCCAAUGGCCUCGUUUUCAUGUAGUUAUUCCUUGCUUUGCGCGUACGAUAGGUUUAAGAAUGAAUGAAGACGAAUGAAUGAAUUUAUUUGCCACACAUAUUGUAUAAUUGCAUAAUUAUGAAACAAAUAUAGAGUGGCAAGGAGACCUCUCAUCAGGCUUACUUUUGAGAUUACUUCGAGAUAUUAAUUUAUCCUUCUGUUAUGUGGAAAUUUAACUUAUAGUGCAUGCGUUUGUGGGGCUGGUAUUAAUGAAACAGGAAUUCUAUCAUAGUUUUCUUAAAACUAUACAGAGUGAGUGAUUGUGAUUGGACUCAAUAUCAAAGAGAAACACAUUCGUGCAUGAAACAUGGGGUUAUAACCUUCAUGUGGUGCCUGCCAUGUUAAAACAGGCAAACACGAAAGCGUUGCUAUUGGGGCAAGAGUGUAAUGAAUAGUAAAGUUUAUCACAGAAUAUAAUUAACAUGAGCUCACUUUUAAGACGGUUAGAAUGUGGUCCUUUGCAUACCACUUGUCAUAACAUUUUUGCUAUGCAGCCACGAUCCAUUGAUCGGAAUGUUUCAUUGUCUUUUCAUUGUUUUGAAAAUCGUAUUGUUCUGACAUCUUUCUCCUAGGUUUAUUCGACGGGAUUCUACAAUCGUGUGUGCGAGCAGCCACUUCUGAUGGGAUGAUUUGUUCGAAGUGUUUUGAUGCUUGUAAGGUAUUAGUAUGAUGUCACACCUCGUUUAUCUCUACCCGAGGGCCACUAGGGGCGAAUACAGCAUUUCUGUGACAGUGCUACUCUCGUUAAAUAAAGUUUAUUGAUUGACUUAGUAAUUGUUAAUUGAUUGAUUUAUUUAGUUGAUUAAUUGAUUGAUUAAUAAUUAGCUGAUUAAAUAAUUAGUCGAUUAACUAAUUGAUUGAUCAUCAUUAGUUGAUUGAAUAAAUUGUUGAUUAAUUAAUUAGUUGAUUAAUUAAUUAAUUAUCUGAUUGAUUAUUUGAAUGACUAAUUGAUUUAUUAUAAUUAGUUGAUUGAUUUGAUUGAUUGAUCGGUUAAUUAGUUGAUUAACUAAUUAUUGCUUGAUUAAUUGAUUGAUUACUUAAUCGAUUAAUUGAAGGUAUCAUCAUCGAUCGCAGAAUUUCCACGGCUUCUCCUGAUUCAUCUUAACAAGCUGUAUGCGGAUAAAGGUUUGCCUCCUGACACAAGCGUCGCUGACGUAUCCAGGUUUGUUUUAUUUUGUGUAUAUGUUAUCAGAUUCAUGAAGCACUCGUCAAUCGGUGGUCAUAAACAUCAGCAGUGGCCUGUUGUAUGAAACUCUUAACUAGUAGUUAAACUGCUGCUUUGUAGUUAAAUAGUAGUUAACAUUGUAAAACUCGUUUAUAAUUCAUGAUAAAAUUCAAAAGAAAUCAGUGUUUGAAUCCGCAUAUACAAAAUUCACCUCAUUUCCAUAAACUGAUUUGCAUAAACAGGCAUGCAAAUUAAACCAAAUCUGCAGGUUUUUUAUAUUUGCUAACAAUUAAAUACGAGACUACUACAUAUAAUAAGAAUAAUUAUCUUUUCACUUGCAAUAUUAUAACUAAUUUAUCAGCGACAAAAACUAAUUCACAAAAACUAAUUCAUUUCAAAUUCAGGUUUCUUGUGCUACAGCAUGGAAAUGAUUUAACUGAAAGGACAAAGGAGAACCUAACCUACCAGUUAACAGCUGUUGUCCUCGCGGAUGAAAGUAGUACAGUGCCAUCAUACAAGGCAUUCGUCCCAGAAAUAACUAACGACACUUGGUUGCUAUACGAAGAAUCCCAUGCGAGGGCAAUUAAACCAGAUCAACUUCGCCUCACAAAAAACAGUGUCCUGUUCUAUCAACCCGUCCUAAAUUCAGAUCCUCCCAAAGUAGGACAUGUUCUUCAAAUGCCAUUACUUGGGCAAAGAGAAGACACGCGCAAAAGUAAAGAAGUCCAUCAUGUGGGGAACGGUGUCUAUGGUAGAAAGCUUGCUACCAUAUCUGAAGAAACAGGCAAUACAAUGGAUUUCAAGAGAACUGCCAAGAAACAAGCAUUGCGUUCAAAGAUUUACGACAGACAACUUGAACCGGGCGAAUACCGGGUGCUAGGAGCAGGUAUACUACUUUAUGUGUCUGUUAUUGAAGCCUGCCAAUAUUUGAGUAUUUUUUUACAUGAACGUCUGGCUUGGGAAAAUUGAGUAAUUGAUUAUUACCUAUGCUACGACUUCAAACUACUUUAUUGUGUUCUAUUGUGUUCUAUUGUGUUCUAUUGUGUUCUAUUGUGUUCUAUUGUGUUCUAUUGUGUUUUAUUGUGUUCUAUUGUCUUCUAUUGUCUUCUAUUGUCUUCUAUUGUCUUCUAUUGCCUUCUAUUGUCUUCUAUUGUCUUCUUCUAUUGUUUUCUAUUAUUUCCAUUGUUUUCUAUUGUCUUCUAUUGCCUUCUAUUGUCUUUUGUUGUGUUCCGUUGUUUUCUAUUGCUUUCUAUUGUCUUCUAUUGUUUUCUAUUGACUUCUAAUUCCAUUACCUUCUUUUGUCUUCUUCUGUUGUCUUCUGAUGUCUUCGAUCAGUGUAUUCUAGUGUAUUCUAUUCUAUUCUCUCACUACUGUAUUCUAGUGUAUUCUAUUCUCUAUUGUAUUCUGCUGUAUUCUAGUGUAUUUUAUUAUAUUCUACUGUGUUCCAGUGUAUUCUAUUCUACUAUAUUCUAUUGUGUUAUACUUUAUUCUAGGGUAUUCUAUUCUAUUUUUUACAUGAACGUCUGGCUCGGGAAAAUGAACAAUCGAUUAUUCCUUAUGCUACGACUUCUAUAGUCUUCUAUUAUCUUCCAGUUCUAUUGCCUUCUAUUGUGUUCUUCAGUUGUUUUCAAUUGUAUUCUACUGUAUUCCACUGUAUUCAAUUCUAAUUCGAGUGUAUUCUAUUAUAUUCUAUUGUAUUCUACUGUAUUUUAUUCUAUUGUAUUCUAUUCUAUAGGCGCCAUAAAACAGGAUAUCUACAGCUCUCAACUUUCUUUGGGUGAAAUCGUUCAUAAUGCAGACAUCCCUCUUUGUCUAUCUGCCGAUUUUGAUGGAAUCAGUCCAAUUUCCGCGCAAGAGACAUGCCACAGUGGCUCGAAGCUGGUGCGGGAAACAAAGAAAUUAAUCCGGGCAGUGAAACGGGAGGACGCAUAUGGAAUUGUGUGUGCCUUAAAGCGAGGAGCAAAUCCGUGUUUGUUGAUCAAUGAUGUCUCAGCACUACAUUUGGCUGCUGGUAUCAAAUCUGACCAGCGAUGCUCCAUGGUUAGUAUAGAUCUUCAUGACAAUUUUUGAGUGGAUUUGAAAUCUGAUGUUAGCACUCUAUAAAUAGAUAUAGUACCCCUAUCAUCAACAUUUAGGGGUAAAAUUGCACACUUCAACCUUAAUUUUUCACAUUCACUCCCCUUCUAGAUUUCGUAUUUUUUGAAGUACGCCAAUAAUGUAAACAUUGCGACUGCAGAUGGAACCACGCCCUCGCACGUGGCAGCUGCGUGGGGGCACCAGGACGCUUUGGAAUUGCUGCUAACCCAUGGUGGGGAUGCUUUCGAGUUGACAGAUCAAGAGGGUAACAGCGCAUUCGACCUUGCUUCCAAGGAUUGUUCCAGUUUUCUUCAACUUUUAUAUCAAAAUAGUGGAAACUCACCUGGGUCCUUCGAACCUUCGACAAGCUCACGAGCUUCAUUGGCAAACCAAAAACCCAAGAGGCUUGAAGAUAUUGUCCGUUCAAAUGUGACCCUUCCGUCUUUCGUGCACGAAGAUGACACAAGUCGUUCUCGCUUUCGUCUUCGUUGGCUUAAAAGAUUUCGAAGUUUUAGGAACAGAUAUUCGGGAGUUUUCAGAAGUCUUAGACGGAUGAGCAGCAUUAGACGGCGAUCGCGCAUUGGAGUCAUGGUCCAAGAGAAUGAACCAGAACAAAAUAUUGCUGAGAAAUUGUGA